UGCAGGGGAGCUUGCCUCGAUGCUCCCUGCCUGUCCAUGAGCCCUUAUUAUUUGCUCUGCUUACACCCUUCCCAGCCUCCUCACUCUCAGCUGUGUCCUCAGGGAGUUCAGAUGCCUACAGACAUCGUCUGUAUUCCUGGGCACGCUCCUAGACUGUUGUGGCUUCCUGGAUGCCGUCACGCAGGAUAACUCUAUAUCUGCAGAACGCAGCAGCUGUCUCCAGAACAUUAGCAAGACCAACUGCUCUGCUUUUUAAUUUUGGAAAAAACCUGGCUAUAAUGUUAUAGUUCACCCAACGAUGACGAUGUGCUUCAAAUAAUAUAAGACUCUGAACAGAAAACUCAGCUUAACCAUAUUUUAACAACAUAUGGCAAGCUGCACUCAGCAACGCUCCAUUUUGGAGCAGGCAGAAAAUAGGAUGCUAACGUGAUGCAACACAAAUGAUACGUUUUCCUGCCAAACCCUCGGAGUCGAUGUUACAUUUGUCCUGAGGUUGCUGCUGGUAUUUAUGAAAGUACAAACACAGGAAUUGGAGGAGGGUAAAACUGUAACCCCUCCAGUAACCGAGUCAUUUCCCCAAGCUGCUACUUGCUGCUCGGGUUGGUCGGGGAAUACAGACUUGUGGUUGAUGUCCUCUCUUUUCAGAACAGAUCAGGGGAGGAACAGCUAAGGCUGGCAACAGGCCAGCCCAGCCAGUUUGCCAGCCCCAAGAAGACUGAAAGCAGCUGAAACUGCGGAUCAAAUGUCAGGGCAUUUCAGGAAACAGCCCUGUGUUUGCAAAGCCGAUUGCUUUGCACUGAUUGCUGUUGCUUUCACCAUCGCAAUUCCAGGAGCCUUGAACUAGUUUCACUGCACGCGCAUCAGGCCGUUGCGUUGUCUAGGGGUGGGAAAGAGUGUGGAGAGCCAACAACAGAGGCAGAAGGAUGUGUCAGUGAUGGGGACUGGGAAUGAGCGUGCUAACCUCUGCACAAACACGAUUCGUGACUUGUGUCACGGUGCUGUUCACGAGCUGCAAACCCGGACAAGGAGCCGGUCAUGCAAUGGGUUGUACAAGCACGGAGCAAAAGAGCAGUUCCUAGUCCAAGCAAGCCUGCAAGCAAAAUCACUCCAAAUUGCUACUAAAAGCUCCCGCUGACUCUGAUCAUUAGAGGGCCCUAGAAACAGUUGGUGUUUGUCUGACAGAAAAUCCCUGAGGGAGGAAAAAUCCCAAUUGAUUCAUCAUUCUCCCAGUCCUACCAGCUGAGAGCUGCUUUCGCUCCCUCUGAACUCAGUGGGUUUGAGUGGAACAUCCGCCGUCACACUGGCAGCGAGCAGCAAGGGCAGCCUUGUUUUGCAGGAAUUGGUCCUUUAUUUUCUAAUUGCAACAGGUGUUGGACAACAAACCUUCCUGACCAUGUUCAAGACUGAGUGCCGCUCCCCGUCCUCUUCUUGAGAUUUGAAAGGAAUGAGAGAGCCGAGAGAGCAAGCCCUCCGGUCCCCCUGCUCUGCCAGAAUUAGCACGCCUGCCUUCUCAGUCGCAGAUGACAGCUUUGCCGAGUCUCACGAUCUGACUGGUUUUCUGCAGUGGGACCCAGUAGCCAGGAAGCAGCGAGAGUUUUCCUUUCUGCUUUGAAAAUCGGCCACUGGCAGGGCCAUGCUCAGGUGUGUCCUCUCCUAGCUCGGCAGCCGGCAGCUCCCAGGCCAGCUUCAACGGAACAGCUUCGAGAAAGUCCAGGGUGCUGCGGAGGCAGUCCAAACCCGUGGAGAUGACCGAAAAUGGCAGUCACCAGUUGGUGGUAAAGGCCCGGUUCAAUUUUAAGCAGACCAACGAAGACGAGCUCUCGGUUAACAAAGGAGACAUCAUCUAUGUCACCAGAGUUGAAGAAGGGGGCUGGUGGGAAGGCACCUUGAAUGGCAAGACAGGCUGGUUCCCCAGUAACUAUGUCAGAGAAAUCAAGUCCACUGAUAAGCCCCUUUCUCCCAAAGCAUUAAAAGGACUUGAAAGCGCACAGCUCACAAAGAAUUAUUAUCCCGUGGUCUUGCAAAAUAUCCUGGAAACAGAACGGGACUAUGCUAAGGAGCUCCAGUCACUUCUUGGAACAUACUUGAGACCCCUCCAGUCCUAUGACAAGCUCAGUGCUGCGGAUACCGCAUCCUUACUGGGAAAUGUUGAGGAGAUCUGCACGUUUCAGCAAACACUGAAUCAAGCCUUGGAAGAAUGUGCAAAGCUUCCUGAGAACCAGCAGAGAGUGGGAGGCUGUUUUAUGCACUUGAUGCCACAGUUCAGAGCUCUGUACCUCACGUACUGCGCUAACCACCCUUCUGCUGUCAAUGUCCUCACGCAACACAGCGAUGAACUGGAGAAGUUUAUGGAGAACCAAGGCGCACCCAACUCAGGGAUUCUGAUUUUGACCACAAGCCUCAGCAAGCCGUUCGUGAGGCUGGAUAAAUACGUUACCGUUCUCCAGGAGCUGGAACGUCACAUGGAGGAGGCGCAUCCAGAUCACGAAGAGGUUUUGAAAACAGUCACAUCCUUCAAGUCUCUUGUGUCACAAUGCCAGGAGCUGAGGAAGAGGAAACAGCUUGAAUUACAGAUCCUUUCAGAAUCCAUUCAGGGCUGGGAAGGAGAGGAUAUAAAGACUAUGGGAAAUGUAAUCUAUAUGUCCCAUGUCAUGGUUCAGUGCGGGGGAAGCGAGGAGAAAGAAGAGCGGUAUUUCUUGUUGUUUUCAAAUGUUCUCCUAAUGUUAUCUGCAAGCCCUCGGAUGAGUGGGUUCAUUUAUCAGGGAAAACUGCCAUUAACAGGAAUGUCACUCACAAAGUUAGAAGAAUGCGAAGGAAAUGACCACGCCUUUGAAAUCACAGGGAACAUGAUCGAAAGAAUCGUGGUGUCCUGUAACAGCAGCCAGGAUUUGCACGAAUGGCUUGACCAUUUGCAAAGGCUGACCAAAGGGACAUGCAACACGAUAUCAAAAACACAUCCGUGGAGUGCUCAUUCGUCUUUUAGUUCCACUGGACAGAUUCGUGGCCCACUGGAACCACCCAAAAUUCUUAAACCCUGGACCUUAAGUUGCCUCCGACCUGCUCCUCCACUCAGGCCAUCAGCAGCUCUGAGUUACAAAGAGAGGAUGUCUUAUAUCUUAAAGGAUUCCAGCAAGAGUCCAAAGACAAUGAAGAAGUUUCUCCCAAAAAGGAAAACUGAGAGAAAAGCAUCUGAUGAGGAGUUUGUCAUCAGAAAAAGUACAGCUGCAUUGGAAGAAGAUGCACAGAUUCUGAAAGUCAUUGAGGCAUACUGCACUGGUGCAGGCUUUCAGCAAACUCUCAGUUCAGGGUCCCGUAAGAACUCCAUCCCCCAAGUAUUACUUCCCGAGGAAGAGAAAAUUAUUGUGGAGGAAACAAGAAGCAAUGGUCAGACUGUCACUGAAGAAAAGAGCCUCGUAGACACUGUUUACGCACUGAAGGAUGAGGUCAAAGAGUUAAAGCAGGAAAACAAAAGGAUGAAACAGUGUUUGGAAGAAGAGCUGAAGUCCAGGAAAGAUUUAGAGAAGCUGGUUCUAAGGCUCCUGAAACAAGCAGAUGAAUGUGCCAGGGAAGAGGUGGGGCGCAAGUCAUCUAUCCUGGCCUGAACACUGAGCAAAACUGUUGGUUGUUUUUUGUGACCUCAGGUGUUCUUUGGAAGCAGAACUGGAUGCUUUGCCUCUUCUUGCUACUUAUUUUGGGGUAUUUUUGUUAUGAAGAAAGGAGGCGGGAGUGAAAAACAGGUUGUUUUUUUUGUCCCAUUCAAUAAGGAAAUCAUACAUACCACAAACAAGUAAACAGUCACAGAUAAAAUGGUCAGCAAGUGGUCUAUGAGACACAAGUCAUCUGCAGCAACUAAUACCUCAUUGCACCUGCUACUGGGAGCGAAUGCAAACUCUGUUAAUGAUUGCCAGUCCAAAGAGGGUUGGCAGUAGUUUCCUACUGAGGAAAUUCAAGCACUUUUUUAUGCUUUCAUUUUUAUUCUUUUUAAAGCACCCGGUACCUAAUUUAUUGAAUAGAAGGGUUACUGAGUUGGGUAAAAAUCAAAAAAAGCUAUGAGCAUUUCUGAGAGUCAAAAAUGGAAGCUUUUCCCAUCCAAAUAUUUUCCCUCCAUUAGUUGUUUGUAGUGAGCUCGAGCCCAGUAGUACUGUGGUUCCCACGUGGCCUUUAUAGAGAUUAAAAUGUGCAAUUAACAUUAUGACAUUUCUAAUUCAACUCCUUGGCACAGUACGAUCUGGAGUGUCUGUCAUCAGUGCAUUCAGAAGUUGCACUGGACAGUACUGCCUCCUAGCAGGCAACAGUUAGCACAGGGGUUAUCCACUGUGUUGCCCAUACUCCUUUUUCUGAUGCAUGCCUUCUAAUUCUUUUAUUCUGUUACAUUUUUGCUUCCUUAAUGUCCAUGUAUUGUAUAAGUUUCCCAGUGCUUUUACCUUGCAGUACAUGCCUCUCUGUAUGCAAUGCAAACUCUGCUUGACAAUGAUUUGCUUGAGGUUUUUUUUACAUUAGGAAUAGUUCCUUCUCCUUAGUUAGGAAAGCAAGCAGUGGCCACAUGGACAAGAGCUUGGACAAGAGCUGGAAUGGUCACCCAUCUCCUUGCGUGAAAAAAAAUCUGAAGUUCUUACAAAUAACUGUUAGAGACGCAAGCUAAAUGCAGUGGAUGUACACAGCAUGUGUGUACCAAAAGUCUAUGCCCUGCAUUUCCAUCUGGCCCUGGGUUACCUUACUCUUGUUACAUAUGCUCUUCCUUUUUCUUAGUCAUAUACCAUUUAAACUUUUUAACAGAGAGUCUGGACUAUGGUUACUUUUAUUAAUAUCAGGUGACGGAGAGCUCCCAAGAUAUGCAGAUGUAUCACGGACCAUUAUGUAGCCAUGCUGAUAAGUUCUUCAUGCAAGAAAUAUCCCUGGCAAUAACUGUAAGUCCCCCUAUUGCCAUUAGAGUUCAGCCAGGGAGGGGCAGAUCAGGCGAGAGAGCUGGAUUCUGGGAACAUGGCAAAGCCUAUGCAAAUGAGAUUGUGUUUAAUUCUAGCUACAUGGACUUGGACCUUGCUUGCCCUGGCUAGCACUCCCUGUCUCUAUCCUAAGUCCGUGGUAGUAGCCAGUCUCCAAAGCUACCUGCUAAAUGGCUGUUCUCUGAAUUUGUGCACGUGGAGCAAAGCCCUACUUCAGCUGACCACUGGCCAUGGCAACCUGUCCAACACGCGCUUACUUGCAAAGGGCAGAGAUUUGAAAUUUGGCAUGUGGCUGCAUGCCAUGGAGCUGGCGCAGCCAGUUUUCCAGCAUCGUCCUUCUACCAAGCCAGUGAUCUUGCGGGGAAGGCAGUAGUCUCACCUUUGUUCCUGCAGUAGCCGCGCAGUGUAUGCUGUUUUGCUGGCAUGCACGUAUGCAUAUGCCCAAGCGAUGUUUGGCUCAUGACAUGUAGCCAGUAAAAGAAAUCAAUGUCAGCAAUUUAUAGUCCUGCACCAAGGGUAGAAGUAUAUCCAUCAGGUUAGCGAGUUGAUUUGAAACCCAUGCUGUGUACAUAUGCAUGUUUAUAAGACUUUUAAUACAAUGGGAGACACGCUGGUACAUUUUGGAACAGGCGCAUGUACGGAGCGUUACAAGCCAAAAAAAAGUCAAUGAAUAAAGGAAAAGAAGCCAUGUCAAACUGAUAGCAGUGUUUCCAUAUUUACUUUGUUUACCGUACUCUGUAAAUAUGUUCCAGUUUGUCUGUUGUUAGAUGGAUGCUCUGUGUCCACUGCCUUCCAGUUUAUCUUUUGUCAUGUUGGUUUAUUUACUGUUCCUACUUAUGCAAGGUCAAUUUUUCUAACAUGUUUUUAUUUUGAACAGUUUUUUAAGUGACAUUUUCAACAAAUAAAGGAAGAUGAAAAUUGCUUCUUA